AUGUGCAAAUGUGUGGGUGUGCCGGGUGGGACCCAACAAAACCACAUCAACCCUAAAGCAGCAACCCUAGCACAUGGUAAAGUUCCUCAAGUUUGCAUUUUUUUUGCCAUGCCAAAGCGACCUGGUAGCGAAAAUAAUAACGACAAUGACGAUCAUCACCGCCAUCGACAGAAGCAUUCACAUGCGCAUUAUCUUGCACAGCAUGUUCCAACAAUGCCAUACCCAUAUGCAAUGCAGGUUGCCGAUGCGUACCAUAGUCCAAUUGCACACCCACUUUCGCCUCCAAUGUUCCUCCCUGUUCCGGCUGCAACAUCGUUUCCCGGAGUUAAUUAUAUCCCACCAACAGAAAACUUUAAUUUUAUUCACAGUAAUAUGUUGCAGCCGGAUAUUAUUAAGCCGGAAAUGUAUCCAGAGCCACCGGUACCACAGGUUGUGGCGCCUGUUAAAAAUGCUGGAUUUAUCUCGCUGUUGUAUGUUGAUGGAUAUUCGCCGCUGGAUGAGUCAGACGAAUUUGAGGUGGAAGCCAAUAAGAUAUUUUUUUCCAAACUCAUCCCGCUUUUGCAGCAGGGCCAACAUGUUUUGCAACAAUUUGUAAUUGAGCAGGUUCGCCAAGUUAUUGCCACAAAUCCAAGCAAAGGUACUUUUUUGCAUUCAUUUCAGGUGAUUUGGCUGGUGGGCGCUUUACUCGACCAUGGAGCCAGUUCUAUGGAAGGAAUUAUAGUGAAUUUAUUUAGAAACAUCGGGGUGUGGGAUUGUGCCAAGGCAGCAGACCAGCACUUCAAUUUGGUAGGAAACCUUCUCUCCGUAUCGCUCCACCAUAAAAAAGCCCUUGAUCCAGUGGCAUCUUCGGUCUAUUAUAUAGUCUCCAGACUUAUCCUUGCUUUUGAUGGGAUCAGCUAUGUGCAAGCUCAGGCGAUCAACUUGACUUGCCAUUUACUUGAAAGCCACAUGGCUGCAAUAUUUCAGGAUCUUGGCCGCGAUUUCAUCCGCACAUUUGAGGGCAUUUCUUCGUAUCCAGCGAUUUCGCCCUUUUGGAAUGAUCUUCAGGCGAUAAUCAAGCAGAACCAUGGCCCCGAUUCUUUCGGGUUGAAGCCGCCAUCAAAAAGGCUACUGGCAAUGCGACUUUCUCCAGAGAUGGAGUCCAAUAUUGUCUUUAUGCUGGAAAAUGUUAAGAUAGGCUCCCAAAGAACCUAUCAGACAUGGUACACUGAAUGGCAUCUUACCAACGAAUCUCGCUCAGCCAUCAAAGAAAUUCUUAUUCCGGACCUGAUUCGAUUCAUUUGCUGUGUAAUCCACCCUUCAAAUUCGGUUCUAGCUUCUGAUAUUAUCCCACGAUGGAUGAUUUUAGGAUGGCUAUUGAGACUAGCAAAGGCAGGAGAUUGA